CGCCAUCGCCAACAAAUCCAAUCCGACGAGGGAGCCCGCCCCGCACGUGCAACGCUCAAACUUCUCCCAUCAUUCUUGAUUCUUCUCCUCAUUCCUUCCCUCCCUCCCCCGUCCCGUCCGCGCUCAGGUCCAUCACCUCGAGGCAGCAGCAGCAGGCAGCGCCCACCAGCCGUGCUCAUGCCGCGUCGUGCAGCAGGACCCCGGCCGUAAACAAUUCUUCCCCGGAUCGGGCGGACGCGAGGCAAACGCCACGGGGAAAAAAUCAAUUCUUGCCCCAGGCAGCUGCUGUACAGUUGUCCCCGCCGGAUUAGUUUAAUCCUCCCGGGAGGAGGGGGCCGGCCUUAGGUAAUGGCCGCGGCGCCCUCGUCCGCUGUUGCUUCCUCCUCCUCCUACUGCAGACCCCGCCCCGGGUUUCAGGGGUCGUCUCCGCGCCGCCGCUCUUCCUCUUGGCUAUUUUGGACUUCCCCGCCGUGCUUAGCGGGAGGAGUUGUUGGCUUCUUCCCUCUGCCUGCCUGGCUCGGGUUUUAGUUUAGAACACUGCUGCUAGUUUCUUCGGGCUGGGUGAGGGAACGCCGGAAGCAGCGCUUGCGUCGUGUGUUCUUGGGAAGCGCUCAGGUGGUUGGAUUUCGUGGCCAAACUGCUGAUUCGACUUGAAGCUGGAAAAAAGAGUCUGCUGCUUUCUUCAUAAUUUUGAAGGGAAUGACCUUCCCAGAUGAUGAGAAGAUGAAGGGUUGCCGACCAAAGAUUUUUCGGGCAAAAGAUAAGAAGGCCACAAAGAAAAUAGACCGUCCAAGCUCCUCCAAUGUUAAGUCAGGACCAAGUUCCUCCAGGGCACAAUCUUCUUCCUCCUUCAAAACACUUUCAGAAGUUAGGAGCAUACGUCUCAGCCAUUUCCUUGCCCGUUCUCCAAGUGCUACAAAAACUGAACCUUUCAGGGUUUUUGUUUCGACAUGGAACGUUGGAGGAAACACACCUACAGCUGAGUUGAAUCUGGAUGACUUCAUUCCUGCUGAUGACCACUCAGAUAUUUUUGUUUUAGGUUUUCAGGAAAUUGUCCCUCUCAAUGCUGGUAAUGUGCUUGUAAUGGAAGACAACGAACCAGCUGCAAGAUGGCUUGCUCUUAUAAACCGCACACUAAACCGACCAGUUGAUGGGGAUGCUGAUAUCUUCCAGCACAAGCCAUCUCUAUCCCUUGAUUCAACCUCAUCUCGAUCUUCGUCAAACCUUGAUGCUUCGUUCUCCAACCGUUCUAGUUCUGCAAUCUUCCAAAUGUCCUCCUUAAAAUCUAUCAGGAAGCCUUACAUGCCAACUCAGAGAAAACUGCUGAAACUCUGCAACUGCUCAGUUGAAAUGACCAGGAAAUCCUACAAAGAUGCUUGCUUUGGAUGCCCACAAGCAUAUAUUAAUGAGACAGACUCUUCAGAAGAAGAUGAAGUGGAUGAUAGACCGAACAAUGCUUACGGUUAUGUGGUUGAUGGAGUGACUUCGACUGUUUCCGCCUCCAGGGAUCAGCUGAAAUAUAACCUUGUAUCUUGCAAACGAAUGGUUGGUAUUUUUGUGACAGUAUGGGCAAAAAAAGAAUUAGUGCCGCACAUCGGCCAUGUGAGGACAUCAUGUGUAGGCCGUGGAGUAAUGGGUUAUCUUGGAAACAAGGGAUGUAUAUCAGUGAGCAUGACAUUGCACCAGACAAGCUUUUGUUUCAUCUGUAGCCAUUUGGCUUCAGGUGAGAAAGAAGGCGAUGAGUUGAGGCGCAAUUUAGAUGUUUUAGAGAUCCUGAGGGUCACCCAGUUUCCAAGGAUUUGCAGAAGAGCUGGGCAAAGAAUCCCUGAGAAAAUUAUUGAUCAUGAACGGGUUAUAUGGUUGGGGGAUCUGAACUACCGUAUUUCCUUGAGCUAUGAAGAUACCAAGGAACUUCUGACUGAAAAUAACUGGGAUGCCCUUUUUCAAAAGGAUCAACUUAACAUUGAGCGUAACUCUGGAAGGGUGUUCAAGGGUUGGAGUGAGGAGAAGAUAUAUUUUGCUCCCACAUAUAAGUACACCUUCAACUCGGAUUCAUAUGCUGGAGAAACUGAAACCUCGAAGAAAAAGAGGAGAACCCCAGCCUGGUGUGAUAGAAUACUAUGGCAUGGAGACGGUAUCGCACAGUUAUCCUACUUCCGUGGGGAGUCUAAAUUUUCUGAUCAUCGUCCUGUAUGUGGGUCAUUUAAUGUGGAGGUGGAUCUACUAGAUGGCAAAUCAAAGAAGCGUGCAUCUAAUACUAACAUCAGAAUUGGUGCUGAGGAGCUCUUACCAACAAGUAAAAAUAAGGUGCUGGGAUCAAAAUCACAUAAUAAAUCGGUUUAUAAUGUGCAACACAUGGAGUAAGGUGCUGAAGAAACUUUUCACGGAGCGAGCGGUGGAGUCUGGUCUUCACUGUCACUCGCGAUGGCGCGGCCUCGGGCGGGGCCUCACCCAUCCAGCCUCGUGGCGUUGCUCCUUUCCGCCCUCCUACUCCUCCUCGCCCGCGACGGCGCGGCCAGGGGUGGCGGCGGCAGGGGCAGCUCGGUGUACCCGGCGUCCGUGGUGUACCCGCACCACUCCCGCCAGAUCUCCUGGAAACCCAGGGUGUUCCUCUACCAGCACUUCCUCAGCGACGACGAGGCCAACCAUCUCCUGUCCCUCGCGAGGGCGGAGCUCAAGAGGUCGGCGGUUGCUGAUAACACGUCGGGCAAGAGCACGCUCAGCGAGGUCCGCACCAGCUACGGCACCUUCAUCAGUAAGGGCAAGGAUCCAAUUGUUGCUGGUAUAGAAGAUAAAAUUGCUGCAUGGACAUUUCUUCCAAAAGAGAACGGAGAAGAUAUGCAAGUUCUAAGGUAUAAGCGUGGGGAGAAAGAUGAACCGCAAUUUGAUUUCUUCACCGACACUGUAAAUACUGUACGUGGUGGACAUCGCGUAGCUACUGUACUUUUGUACUUAACAGAUGUCGCAGAAGGAGGGGAAACAGUUUUCCCCUUAGCUAAGGACUUUACAGACACAGGUUUGCAUGAUAAGGAUACAACCUUGUCAGAAUGUGCACAGAAAGGCAUUGCAGUGAAACCGCGAAAAGGGGACGCCCUUCUGUUCUUCAACCUUCGCCCAGACGCUGCAACGGACCCCUUGAGCCUCCAUGGAGGGUGCACAGUCAUCAAGGGAGAGAAAUGGACUGCCACAAAAUGGAUCCGUGUAGCCUCAUUCGACAAGGUCUAUCAUAUGCCAGGCAAUUGCAGCGACAACAACGACAGCUGCGUGAGAUGGGCAGCGCUCGGAGAGUGCAUAAAGAACCCACCGUACAUGAUUGGAACCGCGGCAUUGCCCGGUCAUUGUAGGAGGAGCUGCAACGUGUGCUAGCGAUUUAGCAUUGCAUGGGGAAACAGAAUCGACGGUAACUGGCUUGUUGUUCAAUCAGGUCCAUACAUGAGCAACGAUAGCUGUUUAACCUGAGUUUGUUCAUGAGGUUUGGCACUACAAAUUGCACCAGUAUUUUGUUGUUCCCUGACGGACUACUUGGUUCCUGGUUACCAUGUUUAUUGAUCAAUGGUAACCUGGCUGGAAUCAGAGGGCGAACAACCUUUGUUAAUUAGUGCUCAUAAUUUAUGGUAGGCAGGCAGAGAUCAGUAAGCUUCCAGUGCCGAAGUUGUCCUUUUCGGCUGUAGACUGUAGUAGAGAGUUUAGAGACUGCAAUCUUUUUCACUUUUGCGGUGUAUAGCUAGCUCAAAUGUGUUCCUGGAUUCAAUAUUAAACCUCUCCAAAGACUCUGGUUUUGAAGUUUAUGUAUGCCCUCUCGUGGACAGUUGUCCGUGAUGCCGAUUGCUGAUGAAGAGGAGAGAAUAAUAAAGUCCUUGCGGUUUGUGGCA